GUGGCUGCCGUAAAGCUGUUCGCUGGCAGGACUCUAGUGCCAGUUCAGCGCCGCUGCUUGCUGAGAGAGCGCUACUGCCUUCCAACGCGCAAGAACCAGAUUCCUGGGCGCGCUCCGUCCCCACCUGGGCGCCUUACCUUCAGGCAGCCCAGGUCUCCCUUGGGUCGCUGCGGCAGCAUCCUCAAGCCAGGCCGCGGGGGUAGGGGGCAGCACGGGCUGCGAAAGCGGGGCCAUGGAGCGCAGGGAGUCGGGGAAGGUAGGACUGGAAGGGCCCGGGGGUCGUCCCCCGCCUCCCGCGAAUCCCCGACCCUGGCUGGGCGAGGCUAUGCAGAACGGGCAAGGGCUCGCAGCCGAGCUAGCCUUGCAGGGAAGGGCUCGCCCGCCUGUGCCUGCUUCGGGAGGGACCGGCACCCUCUGGGCUUGGCAUCCUCCUCCCUGUUUUGCCUUUGCCCCUUCUGGCCCUCUGGACGGGGGGUCGCCUGCUGAUGCCGGGGUGGGGGACCCACCCAGUGUAGCGGUUCCUGUUUCCCAGCUAUCGCCAUUGACGUUUUUAUUGAGGAGGCCCAAGUGGUUCUAAGGCUUUGAGGCUGGGAGCCAAAGGGUGGGAUCAGAGGCGGGCUGAAGCUCUAGCCCUCCUGCCUCCUCCUUCCCAAGAAAGGGCUGAAAAGAAAAACAGAAGCCACAAGCAUAUUUCUUGCCCACUAAUGUUUCUGGCUUCUCUACUUCGUGAAAGAAUUUAGGCAUUGCUUCCAAGCAUAUUCUGGAAAUUUGCUUCAGGCUUUGGGCAAGAAGUUUGGAAGUUGAUAUGGGGAAAGUAGUAGUUAAAAAUAGUCGUGCAGGGUGGCUGAAACUGCAGGCAGCGUCAGUAAAGACCCCUGUGCUUGUAAGAUCAUUUAUGUGGAAGCAAUGGGAACCUCUUGGGAUUAAGGCCUUUUAUGUUCUUGACAUCCUGUUCUUUUUUGGUAUGGGAAAGGGUUAAGUUGAGUAUCAAACCAGUGAUACAUAGGAAAUAAUAAAACUCCCAACCUAUAAGAUGUCAGAUAUGUUGAGCUCAUUUUGCCAAAAUCAAAGAAUGAAUUUUAAGGAACAAGAGAGGUUAAGAGCAAGAAAAAUUUAUUGGGAGACAUAGCUUCUGAGAGAUGAGAGGGAACAUAAAAGUGGAUUGAAACUAGUCCACUUCUCAAAGUUUUAUAGAGCAAAAUCACAAGUGGGUAUAACAUGGGUCAAAACUAUGAUCAACCAAUAAGAUUAAAAUUAUAGCCAUUUAGGUAAUGGGGAAGCAGAAUCACACAGCAAAUAUACAUGCAAAGAACAAAGAAUGUUUUAGGACAGGAUGGGUCAGAUGGUCCUGGUCACCCACCCGGAUGACUGGUGUCUAUCUAGACUUUAUUAGACAGGUGAUACCAAUUAUCCCCUGGAGAAGGAUGUAGGCUUGGUUAAUCCAACUUUUUAUCAGAUGCACUUCCAGCCACAGUAGUAAUGUAUUUUCAUAUUCUGGACUGACUCUCUGGAGGGCCUAGCCCUGUCUGGCUGCCUAUAUUUCUACCUAAUUUAGCUGUCUAUAACAUUUCCCCCUUUGAAGAGGUACCCCUAACUGAGGGGACAAGGAACAAUGACCAUUUUGGCUACUUUUGAGUGAUAGGGUUGUAGUUGUGAUAAUCAGUCAGAGGUGCUCCCCAGAAAAUCUAUCUAAUGGCCCUCAGUCCAGAUGUUCUUAUCUUGGGUAGCUAUACAACUUUUAAGUCUGGAGGUGACAAGGCCAUAGAAACAGUUAAGUAUGCAUGGGCUAAAUAAUAUCAAAAGAUUAUUAUGAAUAUAACCAACAAAUGUUUCUACCAGGAAGAGCCAAUAAUAGCCUCCCACAGAGAGGGUAAGGAAAAGGUCUAAGGAAUUUCAAAAUCUGACAUGGUAUUAACCUGUUGCUUAAUAUCUUGACUAGCCAUCCGAGAUAGUAGCAGAAAGAUCAGGAAUAUAUAUAACAUUUAGCUUUUACAAUUGCACAAGUUCCCCCUUGGGCCUUUUCUGUUCUACAAGGAAAGAUUUCAGCACAGUUUGUGAAAGUAUCUGCCUAGACCAGUAGGUAUUGGAGCCUCUUACUCUUUGGCAUAUGAGUAAAAUUAAGUGGCCAGUGUUUUCCAGGGUGUUUAUCAUGUCUCUAUAUAUCUGGAGGGGCUGUGGCCCAGUUAAGAGGACUGUUCUUUUGGCGGAGCUUACAAGUCUUAACUAUCUCUGUACUGUCUGAGAAAUUCCCUUUUCGUGAGUAACUUUGAGGUCAUCUGAUGGGUCUUGUCUCUCCCCAAGUGCAAAGUUUGUUGUAAAGACUUAAUAAUUUCCUGUUGAUUAGCAGGAAAUUAGCAAAUGAGACAACUCAUUUGACUUUUGACUAAGAAUAUUUGGGUCGAGUAUGAUCAAGGGACCCUUCCCAGAUGAGGGGGAUCUGAAGGGUGGGCCCUUGAGCAACUUCUUUUGCGGCUGCCUCAGCCAGAGAUACUUUGCCACCUCCUUUUUUGAUGAUCUCUAGUGAAUUACUGCUACUCUGGAGCAUAUGUAGACAGAUGAUAAAAGUUAAUCUAUUUCUUUGUGAUACUUUAUAGGGGACCUGUGGACUGUUAGAGAAUUCUUUUCUUUCUGUAUGGCUGCAUGAGCAUGCACUAGGAAAGCAGUGAAUCAAUAUGAAUAUUGGCUUUUGUCCUUCAUUGAGUUGUAAAGCCCUUGUCAGAGCUGGACACUGGUAGCUGGACACUAGUUCCAAGGGCAAGUGAGGAACUUUCAAGUGGCUGAUACAGAGUCACUGCUGGUUGUCCUACCUUUUUUGUCCCAUUUUCUAUGAUGGAACUGCCAUCACAGAAGAGGAUCAAAUCGGGGUUAGCAAGGGGUGUCUCCAACAAGUCUUCUCUGGUUGCGUAUGGAGAAUUAUCUGUUCACAGUCAUGUCUUUUAGUCUCAGUUUCCUCCUUUUCUGGUAGAAAGGUGGAGGAGUAUAAAAGGAAGAACGUGUCUUUAUUUGAAUGGCUGCUUCUUCUGAAAGCAUACCCUGGUAUUUAAGAAGUCAGUUGUCUGAUAGCCCUUGGCUCUCUGUGGAAGAAAGAAGUCCUGCCGCGUUGUGAGAUGUAUACACAGGGAGAUCUUUGCCUAAGGUCAGCUUAGAUGCCUCUGUUACCAGAGCUAUGGCAGCCACAGCCUCGAAGGCAUACAGCCAUCCCUUUGCUAUAAUGUCUGAUUUGUAACUCAGAAACCCUGCAGGCUGUGGAGCAGGUCCCUUACCUUUUAUCAGCAUAUAGACUGAAACAGUGUCUUGUCAGUAAGCUCGGGGCUGGGGCAUCUAGAAGUGCUUAUUUAAGCUUCUGGAAUGCAGUUUGGGCAUAAGAUUUCGGGGUUAAAAUAUGGGCAUCUGCCUUUUGGGCUUCCUUUAUAAGCCAAGAGAGGGGCCAUGCAAUCUCAUCCUACCCUGCCAUCCAAAGGUAACAAAAGCCUGUAAUUCUUAGGAGUCCCCUUAGCUAUUUUAGGGUCUUGGGCUGUGGAGAGGAAAGUAUUGGUUUAAUUCUCUUCCCCCAGCCUUUGGGUUUCCUUAGAUAUGAUAAAGCUCAAGUAUUUUACCUUAAAGCUGUAGUUUUCCUCAGACCUAGAGACCUUGUAACCUCUGCUAGAAAAUUUAGCAGAGCAUGGAUGUCUUAGCUAGUGAGCUCUUCUGAGGAGGCACAUAAUGAUAUAUCAUCUGUAUAUUGUAGGACUAUGACUUGGGAAAAUUCUGAACACGCCAAGUUGUGGGAAAGCACUUACCCCAAAAUUUGAGGACUGUCUGAACUCCUGAGGGAGCACAGUCAAAGUUAAGAAUUUUCAAAGACAAAAAGAAACUAUGUAAAGGAAUAUGAAAGAAGGCAUCUUUAAAUCUAACAGUGAAAAUCAACUGGCAUCUUCCAGGAUCUGAGAAAGGAAUGUGUAGAGGUUAGAUACUACCAGGUAGAUUGGCGCUACCCACCUCACUUAGCAGUCUAAGCCCCUGUACCAUCCUCCACUCUCCAUUGGGUUUUUGAACUCUGGAUUAGAGUGUUAAAAGGGCUGUUAAGUAAAAUUCAUGUUGAUUACGGGCAAUAGUCCUUUUUCAGGCCUUAGAGGAUAUUGUCUUUGGUAAAGAAAGAUAACAGGAUCUUUGAGAUAGAUAUAUUUGCACCAGGGCAGCUCUGAUUGCUCUGCCUAUUUCAUCUUUAGUAACCCAUACUUUAGGAUUUAUUUCUGUCUCUAUGAGAGGAAGGUAACACACCUGACCUGAGUACAUGCAUAACAGUAUUCAAACAAAAUAAGAUAUCUCUGACACAGGAUUUCAAAACAAGAUAAUAGGAAAUCAGCAUUGGCUACCACAAUGCCUCUUGUUAUCUUCAAAACAGCUGCCCAUGCCAACAGACAUGCCAACUGCUUCAGCUUGUUAUACUAUACUUCAGCUUGUUAUCACCAUGAUGUUAACCUAGGUCUGAACCAUUUCACUCAAGCAUGAUCAGAAGUUGCAUUCAUUUACCUAGAAGAGACUCAUGAUUAUCCUUCUUUAUAGCUGAGUACUUUCCAGCAUAUAAAAAUGCUGUAUCUUAUCCAUUCUGUGGUGAUUUGUUGCACACCAUAGAGAACUAAUACAGUCACAUGCUGUACAAUGUUUUAUUCAGUGAUUGACUCAUUUCUGAUGGUAGCUAUACCAUAUAUAGUAUGAAGAAGGCUGUGUCACCUACAUUUACAGAACUGUAUUAUAGGGACACGACAAUGAAAUUAACACAUUUCUUAGAAUGUUUUUCAGUUGUUAAACAAUGUAUGACUGAAAUAGCCUUAUGAUACUGUUUAGUAUCCAAUUAUAGUAUGUACUUCCGAAGGUGUGUUGAUUAAUCUUUAUGUAUGUCUUCUGGAUGUAUGAAAAAGUUGAUUUCAUCUAGAAAAUGCUUGGGGGUUUUUAUGGGAGCGGUACUAAGUCAAAAGCUUAAUGGCAGUAUAACCGUAUUCUGUAGUUUUCCUCACCAGUAAAUAUGUUAAGUUCUUUAAAAAAAAAAAAAAAACAUAUCUCUCCCUAGGAGGGAAACCAGACUUUUGGGCAUAAUAAAAAAGGAAUGAGAAAAGAGAGCCAUCCCAGUGACUGCCUAAAUGUUGUGAGAAAUAGCCAAUUACCUCUUAGUGACUCCUUUCACUAAAGUAUGACAGCUGGAAGGAAGGCUGGAAUUAAAAAGGACUGGGAAGCAUGCACCAGUGUCCUGUAAUAGGCUGGCCUCUUUUCUAUCUUUAGUCAUGAUUAUACAGGGUUCCUCAGUGAGGAUGAUAGUCAGGACCAGAAGGAGAAGACAGAGUGCACUGGGGCUCUCGGUCUUGUUGGACCAGGUUGUAAGAUGGGACCUCCAUCUAAGGGGCAGUCCAGUUUCCAGUGUCACCUUUGCAAUCAGGGCAGGGCUUGGGGGCCUCUUGUCCUUGACAGUUUUGAUCACAAUCCCUAAAGAGUCCUGGCUUUCCAAGCAGUAGCAAGUGGGUUUAGUCAUCAAGCUCUUCUGGUGCCCUGGGAAUCAGACUUAGAGUGUAUCCCUUUAAGACCAAAACUAAGGCAGCUUUCUCUUGGUCUCUUUGUUUUCUUCCUUUGGCCUGCUCGUGGUUAGAUGAUAAAAUGCCAAGGAGGUGAUUUUCACUAAAGUAUCAGGCUCCAGUAACAUUUGAUGACAUCACAGUAUGCUUGCUCCAGGAGGAAUGGAUGCUGCUGGGUCAGCAGCAGAAGGAUCUCUGUGGCUCUGACAAGCUGGUGGCAUCGCUGGGUGCAGUGACCUGUAAUCUCACCUACUCAGGAGGCUGAGGCAGAAGGAUCACAAGUUUGAGGAGCGACUGUGGCCAGCCCCAACUUGCUUGGGGACUUUGAGCGAGGGGCUGAGCCAUGGAUAGGCAGCAUCCACGGCCAGAGGAGUCUUCUGGGCCAUCACCCCGGAAAAAGCCAGAUGGGCUACAUGAAAGAAAUGGAUGUGCAGAGUCCUGGCUGGGACAGUGAACCAUACCUGCCACCUCCAAAGAAAGCCUGCCUUGCUCACCGGAGUCCAGAGGGUGGCACUGUCAAGGAAGACUGGACAGGAAGAAGCAAGAAACCCCGCUCCAUCCAGAAGUCAUGGUUUGCACAAUUUCCAUGGUUGAUCAUGAACAAGGAGCAGACUGCUCUGUUUUGCUCUGCCUGCCGAGCAUACCCGUCUGUCAGGGACAAACGGUCAAGAUUAAUAGAAGGUUACACAGGGCCAUUCAAGGUAGAGACUCUCAAGUACCACGCCAAGAGCAAGGCCCACAUGUUCUGUGUCAAUGCCUUGGCUGCCCGUGACCCCAUCUGGGCAGCCCGUUUCCAGAGCAUCAGAGACGGGCCUGCGGGCGUCCUGGCCAGCACUGAGCACCUCUUCCCUGAAAAUUAUCCCAUGUUCUACCUGCCAGAGCCUCUGGGAGACUUUGAUAAGAUGACCAAGCUCCUGCCAAGUUCAAGAACUGAACCGGAGGACCCUGGGCCAAGCACAGCAAUACCUACAGUGCACCUGGACUGCAUUGCAGAUUUAAGGCAAAAAGAAAUCUCUAGUGACACCCACAAUUCCGCAAACGUUGACAUUUUAUGCAAUGACAGUAUUGAAUUCUGCAGGCAGGCCCCUGCAGAGGAAGGACAGCUGGAGGUGCCUGUGGAGCUUCCGGCCAUGUUUGAGGAUGUGGCAGUGUAUUUCACCCGGGAGGAGUGGGGCCUGCUGGGCAAACAGCAGAAGGAGCUGUACCGGGACGUGAUGCAGAUGAACUAUGAGCUGUUGGCAUCCCUGGAGCCUGCUGCUGCCAAGCCAGAUUUGAUCUUGAAACUGGAGCGGAGAGCUGCGCCCUGGAUCAAGGAUCCAAAUGGGUUGAAGUGGGGAAAAGGUCAUCCGCCAGGGAAAAAGAGGAUGGUAGCAGUAAGAGAGGCAGACACUGAGGCCCCUGCUACAGAGUCUGCGUCACUUCCGCCUCCAUCUGUGAAGACACAUGCCUGCAACUGCUCUUCCAGCACACAGGCAGGAGAAGUUGGUGGGCCUAGAAAGAGUCAGAGGACUUACAGACCCCGCUCCAUUCAGAGGUCAUGGUUUGGGCAGUUCCCAUGGCUGGUAGUCGACCCCACUGAGACCAAGCUGUUCUGCUCAGUCUGCAAAGAGAGACCCACGCUUCAUGACAAAUCAUCUCGUUUAGUCCAAGGUUACACUGGGCCCUUUAAGGUGGAGACUUUAAAGUACCACGAAGUCAGUAAGGCACACAAGCUCUGUGUCAACACCGUGGAAGUCAAAGACAGCAGCCCUCAGACCACCCUGGUCCCGGAGAUCUCCAGCGAGCUCAUGGCCAACAUGGAGCACUUCUUCAAUGCUGCCUACUCCAUCGCGUACCACUCCCGGCCCCUGAAUGAUUUUGAGAAGAUGCUGCAGCUCCUCCAAAGCAGUGGGACUGUGAUUUUAGGCAAGUACCGAAACCGUACAGCAUGCACACAGUUCAUCAAGUACAUCUCAGAGACCCUGAAGAAGGACAUCCUCGGGGACAUCCGCAGCUCCCCAUGCAUGAGCGUGUUGCUGGACGGCUGCAGGGACUCCUCCAAUCAAGCCUGCGUGGGGAUUUAUAUCCGAUACCUUAAGCAGCUGGAGGUGAAAGAGUCUUACAUCACCCUGGCCCCACUCUACAGUGAGACGGUGGAUGGGUACUUUGAGACCAUCAUCGCAGCCCUGGAUGAGCUGGACAUCCCUUUCCGGAGGCCUGGCUGGGUGGUGGGCCUGGGCACCAAUGGUUACACCAUGUUGAGCUGCAAAGGAGGCCUCGUGGAGAAGUUCCAGGAGAUCAUUCCACAGCUGCUGCCUGUCCACUGUGUGGCCCACCAGCUGCACCUGGCUGUAGUGGAUGCUUGCGGGAGAAUUGAUCUGGUAAGGAAGUGUGACCGGCACAUCCGGACCAUCUUCAAGUUUUACCAGUCCUCCAACAAGAGGCUGAGUGAGCUGCAGGAUGGUGCAGCGCCCCUGGAGCAGGAAAUCGUCCGUCUGAAGGACCUCAAUGCUGUCCGCUGGGUGGCCAGCAAGAGGCGCACACUGAAUGCGCUCAUUGUGAGCUGGCCCGCCCUGGUGCGGCACCUCCAGACUGUGGUGGAGGCCGGGGGCCAAGUAGGGCACAGGGCCCAGGGCCUGCUGAAGCUGAUGAAGGGCUUCCAUUUCAUCAAGUUCUGCCACUUCCUCCUGGACUUCCUGAGCAUCUACAGGUCCCUGGCUGAGGUGUGCCAGAAAGAGAUGGUACUGAUCACAGAGAUAAACUCCGAGCUGGGGCGUGCCUAUAUCGCGCUGGAGGCCCUCCGCCACCAUGCGGGACCCAAAGAGGAAGAGUUCAACGCCACCUUCCAGGAUGGGCAGCUCCAUGGCAUCUUCCUGGACAGGGUGGAGAUGGCAGAGCAGCGGUUUCAGGUUGACAGGGAGAGGAUGAUACUGACGGGAGUUGAGUACCUCCGGCAGAGGUUUGACACAGACCGCCCCGUGCAGCUCAAGAACAUGGAGGUGUUUGACACCAUGGCUUGGCCGACUGGGGUGGAACUGGCCUGCUUCGGGAAUGAUGACAUUCUGAGCCUUGCCAGGCAUUUUGAGCUCUCCCUGCCCGCAGGGUAUAGUGAAGAGGCACUGCUGGAGGAGUGGCUGGGCCUGAAGGUGGCCGCCCAGAACCUCCCCUUCUCCAUGCUGUGUAAAAGUGCCCUGGCCCAGCACCACCGCUUUCCUUUGCUGAGCAAGCUCAUGGCCGUGGUGGCCUGUGUGCCUAUCUCCUCCUCGUGCUGUGAGCGUGGGUUCAAGGCCAUGAACCGGAUUAGAACCGACGAAAGGACCAAGCUCUCCAAUGAGGUGCUCAACACACUCAUGAUGACAGCGGUGAAUGGAGUGGCAGUCACGGAGUAUAACCCGCAGCCUGCCAUCCAGCACUGGUACCUGACCUCCUCGGGCCGGCGCUUCAGCCACGUCUAUGCCUGUACCCAGGUGCCCGCCCGCUCCCACACAGGUACAGGGCUGAGGAAGAAGGGGCUGGGAGCACAGAAGUGGCCUAUUGCACCCUCCGGGGAGUCCUGGAGAUUCUGAAGGAUGCUUAUGGAGCCUUCAAGAUGCCUGCACCUGAGAAGGGUCUUACCUGGCACACUCUCUGGAAGGGAAUCCUUAGCUGUGUUUUCCUGAGGAUUGUGUGGGUCAAAUUCAGAGUUGGUGGCCCAGGAGCCAUCCAGGCUCUGCUCUGGGCAGUGGUUUGCCUGUGAUUAGUCCUUUGUGCUAAUCUGUGCCUCAGUUUCCCUCUCCAAGCCAUGGCAGCUGAGAAUCUAAGUGCCUCUCCCUGCUCCCUAUGCCUCAGCUUAGUAGCAAGAGCCUUGCAUUCCUUGAGAGAAGGCCAUCUCCACCCUCUGCUCUCGUGCCCCAUCCCAAUCCUUAGUGUGAAGCUUGCUACUGAGUCCUGUUGUGGGCAGAGGUGCUGUCCACAUGGACCAUCAGUGGGACAGGCAUGUCCCUUCCUCUGCAAGCUGCCCUAAGGACUCUGCUUGGAACUGUCAUCGCUGCUUGGUAACUAUGCCCUGCCCUAGAUGGGCACAGUCUCACUCCCUGGACUGCACUUAGCAGCCAGGGUUUCUAAGAAGCUGCCCUAGAACUUUGUGGGCAUCCUCUUCAUAGGAUACCUCUGGCACUAGUAGGUCCCAAGACCCCUCACCAUUGUCCCUUCCCUUCUGGGGAGAGUGCUCCCCUCCCAGGGCGGUGCAGUCUGGGUAGAUUCCAGGCUGCUGAGCUGGAUGGGAACCUGUUGUCCCUGUUCUGCUUCCUUGGCCAGUUGGGAAGCUGGGGAUGUCUGUGCGAAGGGCUUCUUGUUCCUGCCUCAGGCUCAUCUAGACGGGCAGGGGCCCUGCUUGCUGCUUGUCUGCAGGGUAUCCUUGCUUUGUGAUGCUGGCAUCCAGGCAUCGGCCCAUCCUACAGACACCCUGAUUCCUGACAUCCACUCUCAGCCUUAGCACUUAAUGCUGCUGUCUUUCUCCUUUCUGCCUCUGUGUCAUGGAGGUGUCUCCCCUCAGGCUCUGGAGGUGGCCCUCAGAGUCCCCCAAGAAGAAAGCACUUUCUCUUAUCAUCUCCACCUAUGCUGUCAUCCUGGCAUCUGCUCUUCCUCUUCCCUCGUUACUGAUGCCCCUGGGGGCAGGCAUUCCACAUAACCAGCAUUGUACCAGAUACUUAGAGAUUCUGGGGGUGAGGGAGCCUUGCCUUGUCCAGGCCGGACAUCUGUGAGGGUGACCAACUCCAGACCUUUGCUUUCUGUCCUACAAAGGAGAGUCCCUAGGGUGCUGUCUACAGAUCACGACAGAACAGAGGUCACCAGGUCCUCACAAGGGUGACUUGACAGGGAUGUCUUCACUUGCCCUGGUUCAAUGACGUACACAUGUUUAGAAUAACCAUGUUUGAUUCUAAAUCUUUUGCUAUUUCAAUAAAGCAGUUUAUUUCCACA